GUUGUUUUUUGGUAUAAAAAUAUUUUUACCCACUUGCAACACUCCAUUUGACAUUUGUGAUUUAAAAUGGCGACAAGACGACGCGUUCUGCGAACUGUGCAGAAUACCAGAGCAUCACGUAUCUUAGCGUUGGUACCAGAAGAUAACGCUGCUUCGGAGGUGAGUGAAGCAUCCAAUUCAGAAAAUGAAUACGAAGCUGAAACAUAUAAUAGACACCGUACAUCAGAGUCAUCUGAAGCACCGACACUUGAUUCGUCAUUAGAACGAUUGAAUAUUUUAGAUUCUUCCGACGAUGAUCGAAACAUGAACUCACCUUCAGUUUCAGCAAAUAUUGAGGCGUUACCAUCCAUAAGUUCAUUACCAGUUUUGUCUCCCAUGUCAAAUAUCCCUUCAGUGACAACAUCAUUUAUAAUUGAUCAAAUGGUAAACCUGCCUCCACAGUCACCACAAAAUAUUUCUUCACCACGACUAACUCGUAGAACACGCACAGAACGUCAAAUCCAAAGUACAAAUGUAAGACCUCGUCAUGUAAUAAAAAAAAAGAAAAUUGAUCUGAAAUUUAGAUGGUCAAACGGACGUUUCCAACAUUACGCUGAAUUAGAACCCGAUGAGUUUCAAAGCCCUAUUCCGGAUAACAAAUGUGCCUACGACUAUUUCUCUGACUUUUUUUCUGAAGACUUAUUUGCCGAAAUAUGCCAAUAUUCUAACAUGUAUGCUAUGCAGUUAACAGGACAAUCUAUAAAUUUGACAGUUGAAGAAUUACGUAAUUUUAUUAGUAUUAAAGUAAUUAUGGGUAUAGUCUCUAUGCCAUCUUAUCUAUUGAUUAUUGGUCAUCGACAACUCGUUAUCCGUUAGUAGCAGAUGUUAUGUCGCUAAAACGCUAUCAGCAAAUACGCAGAUAUAUUCAUUUUGUCGAUAAUAAUGAGACAAACUCAGACCCUUACUUUAAAAUAAGACCAUUUGCCGAAAGGAUUCGCCAAAACUGCCUCAAAGUGGAAGAAGAGACUCGAUUUAGCAUCGAUGAAAUGGUGAUCCCAUACAAGGGCACCAAAGCCGGCAAAAAGCGGCAGUACAAUCCUCAAAAACCAAGAAAGUGGGGUUUUAAGAACCUGGUUCGUGCUGGCGCGUCUGGACUCAUAUAUGACUUUUUUUUGUACGCUGGGCAUGAGUCAUUUGAAAAUUGUCCCUUUACCGACGAAGAAGAGAGUUUAGGUUGGGGCGGUAAAGCAGUUAUUAGGCUGUGUAAAACUAUAAAGAAGAAACCUUGCGUGGUAUAUUUCGAUAAUUUUUUUUCGUCUUUGGAAUUGAUAUACUAUCUUAGAAACUCGUAUGGCAUUUUUAGUCUUGGGACAAUUCGGCAAAAUCGACUCAGAAAUGCUGCAAAUAAACUGAAAACUGACAAAAACCUGAAAAAAGAAGGAAGAGGAGCCUUCAGUCAAACAGUUUGUAAUAAGACUAAAUUAUCCGUAGUUAAAUGGAAUGAUAAUAAGUGCGUCGUUUUAGCGUCGAGUUAUACCGAUGCUUAUCCCAAAACUAAAGUAAGACGUUACUGUAAAGUGAAGAAGCAACGAAUUGAUGUCGAUUACCCUAAUUUGGUGAAACACUAUAACGCCCAUAUGGGUGGAGUAGACCUCGCGGACAUGCUUAUUGCACUCUACAGAACAGAGAUGAAAUCAAGGCGUUGGUAUCUCUCCAUAUUUUCACAGCUUUUGGACAUUUGUGUCAAUAAUGGCUGGUUACUUUAUAGGCGAGAUAUGAAGAGAAAAGGUGUUGUGAAGCAUAAGGCUCUGAAAGAAUUCAGAAUUGAAAUAUUCAAGGCGUUGCAACAAAAAGGAAAACAUGUAGAUGUACUUAGUGUCCCAGAUGUGAAAGCUAAAGAAAAAAUAACAAAGCCAAAACGUUCCAGGCCCAUAGACGACGUCAGGUUCGAUGCCAUCGAUCAUUUUCCUGAACAUGGUAAAGAAUAUGGUAGAUGUGCUUACUGUAAAAAAGGAUUUACAACUGUUCACUGCCUAAAAUGUAAAGUACGAUUGUGUUUUGUCAAAGACAGAAACUGUCAUUUUAAUUACCAUCACGACAGGAAAUAAUUUUAACGAACUUUUCUUUUUUUUUCAAUACAUAAACGAUUUAAUUUUAUUUGUGAGUUUUAUUAUUUAUAAUGCCCCUAAUCUGAUUUUGUUAAGUCUACUCAACAAUAGUAGUUUACCUUUAAUCUAUGACCAUCCUUUUUUGUUGAGUAUACUUAACGUCGUGUUUUCAGGAAAUGCUUCAGUAAAUAUUUUUUUUAUAUUUUUUUGAGACUUAUAAGUAAGGUAUUAAUAACAUAUAAUCACUAUAACAUCAUAGCAUAACUUAUAAUGUUUUGCCAAAUUAAGGGUGUAAUCCCUCGCUUUAAAUGACUGGAUUCUGGAAUCACUGAUUUAAGGAACAAAUAUAUCAGUAUGAAUGGAAAAACUUAAUGUGAAGCC